AAAAAAAAGAGGAGUAAACACUUUAAAAAUAUACCCUUAAUCACUGUUUUAAUGAGGACUAGCAGAUGGGCUUUGAAACUGGUAAUGUAAAAGAAAGCAUUUUUGAUUAGACAAUUAAAUUAAAUCAUUAAGUUGAACUGUUUUGAUUUGGUCUGAAGGUACAACUUACUAAUGACUUUCGUUCAGUUUAUAUUCAGUUGUUCAAUAUCACUGCAAAUACUAUGUGAUGCUACUUCCUGGUACUGUAAGUGGCAAUUAGGGAGAAAGCUAUUGUAUUAAUGAAACAAUACACCAAACACCUAUAUGGCAUGUCACAUUAAUAAAGCAUUUUAGUGUGUUCUGCAUUCUUCAACACAUUGGUGAAGGCGUUACAGUUCAAAGUAAUUUGGUGCAAUUUAUUUUAUUUAAUAAAAAUAUAAAUAUAAAAGUAUCUCCAGUAGAUCCCUUGCCAAGUAAUCUGGGUAUCGAAAGCAAGGUAAAGUAUUAUAUUAAUUUGUCAUGAUAGGGUGAAUAAAAAUUCCAUAAGCAAGGCGUAGCCUGUGUCGCACUAGGCCAAAAAUGUUUCUCGCUGAGAAGUGAAAAAAAAAAAAAAAUACAUGUUCAGACACAACUACAAUCUAUCUGAAAAAAACAAAAAACAAUAGGUUCUCGCGAAUCCGUUUUGAAGAAUGGGUGUGGCAUGAGGUUGACCUUGUUUCUGUCUACUGAAUGACAACAUUUGACCUUCAGUGAAAAGCAACGGCUUUGCUUAUGAGCUCACUCAAUCUUGUCAUGCGAGACCUUACAUUUGUGGUACUGAUUCUCCAUCCACAUGUUUGAGUUGUAAUGCACAUCAAAAUAGUGGUGCUGCCCAUGGCAGAUUUACCCAGAGAAGUGACUUUGGCACCACGUGCAGUAGCACCUACUGUAUCUGGAGUCAACAGCCUGGGUACCUUUGAGUUAGUUUAAAAUGGGACAUCCUGCAAAAGUGAUAUUAGAUGCAGUAAUACACACAAAACCUACAGUAUGCAAAUGCAUGCUAAAUAUAGAAAUGUUUACUGUAGAUGUGCAUAUACUGCAAUCCAUAGUUUUUAGUACAGUAGCCCCUUGCUAAACCGGAUAUGUCUGGAGACACAGGUUGUCUGAAAUAAUGAGGUGUCCCUUGUUCUAGCAGGUUGUGUACAAUAAAUAUAAAUUGAAAAAAGAAGAAAAAAAAAAACAUUGAUGAUGCUCCUAAAUAAAGAAUGAAGUUUCACAGCUUGGCAGUUUGUAUCUAUGUAUGUUAGAAGGGAGGGGGAGGGUUCAUCAAGUUUUCCAGUUGGCAGACAGUCGGUAAUUGUUCUUCAGCAAUACAGUUUGUACUGUAGAUGAAAAAAGCAUGACUGAACAUUUACAUUGCUGUUGUCUUUUUAUAAAGCAGAUGGUGUCUCUGAACACCCUUAGAAAAUAAAAAAGGGCAGGACUAUGCUAACAAAACAGCCAGCUAUUGUAACUGUGCUGUUCCUGUUUGAAGUACCCCCACCUCCCCCAGUCUGUAUUCCCACUGGAGCACUCUGAGUAAAUGUUCCUCUCCCUGCUUUGGAGGGCAGUGGGAGACAUAUAGAUGUCUGUAAAUGGUUGCUGGAGCUUCUACACUAUGCAAAGAGAUUGUGACUUGUUUCAGUCAAUUGAAUAUGGGGCUAAUUUGAUUGCUAGCAAAUGAUCUUCUGCAAUUGCAUGUCCUUGCUGUUGUUAACCGUAGAGUAACUGUAUUCCUAGCACGUUUUGGAAAAUGACCGGUAUUAUCAGCUUCCAGAUCUAGAAGGCUUCUAUCAGACAGUAGAUGACCGCUGGAUCGUCACAGCAUCAACUGUGAAUCAAUCUUAAAAAAUAUUUAACUAUUUAUUUUUAUAAAUCAUGCAGUUCUGAUUUCCUUUCCUAGUUCAGUAAGUCUCGGGCAAUACCGGAAUUACCCUUGGCUUGAUAAUUGUCAAUAUACUCUACAAUGUGCCAAGAAGAAAUGUCAUUUUCUUUUUUUUUUUUUUUCAAGGAGUUUUGUACUUUGUCAGUUUUGGGAAGCUACUGUACUGUGUGGAUUUACCGUUUGUUUUGUUGACAAAUGUAAUAUCUUCUGCUAAGAGCAUUCGUGUCUGAUAGCUUACUUGUGUUCCAUGACCAAAUGGAAGGAAAUCACUGUGGUUCAUGUUUAACAAGUAAAACAAAUGUUUUGGAUCUCUGUCAAAAACUCCUAUUGAAAAACAUGUAACCAUUUAUGGAUGCCAACAUCAUUGACUAUGGCUGCCGUUUACCUGAAUCCUACUGCAUGCAGAAGGUUUUUAGUGGUGGCUUUUCAGUCGUGUUCCUUGCUCGGACCCACAGUGGUGUGCGGUGUGCUUUGAAGCGAAUGUAUGUGAACAGUGUACCUGAUCUAAAUAUCUGCAAACUGGAAAUAGCAAUCAUGAAAGAGCUAUCGGGUCAUAAGAAUGUUGUGGGAUAUUUGGACUCUGCCAUUAAUACAGUUGGUGAUAGUGUUUGGGAAGUGCUCAUUCUCAUGGAGUAUUGCAGAGCUGGCCAAGUGGUGAAGCAGAUGAAUCAGAGGUUGCAGACUGGUUUCACAGAGCUAGAAGUCUUGAGAAUAUUUUGCGACACCUGUGAGGCAGUUGCCAGGUUACAUCAGUGCAAAACUCCAAUCAUUCACAGGGAUCUGAAGGUAGAAAAUAUUUUAUUAAAUGACCAUGGCAACUACGUCCUGUGCGACUUUGGCAGUGCCACACAUAAGAUUCUUAACCCACAGAAGGAUGGUGUAACAAGCGUGGAAGACGAAAUAAAAAAGUAUACAACGCUGUCAUACAGAGCUCCAGAAAUGAUUAAUCUUUAUGGAGGGAAGCCAAUCACCACUAAGGCUGAUAUAUGGGCCCUUGGGUGCCUCUUGUUCAAGCUUUGUUUCUUCUCCCUUCCUUUUGGAGAGAGUCAAGUUGCAAUCUGCGAUGGAACCUUUAUUAUCCCAGAUAAUUCCAGAUUCUCCUCUAAAUUGCACUGCCUAAUGCGUUAUAUGCUUGAGCCAGAUGUAGAUAACAGGCCUGAUAUCUACCAAGUCUCCUAUUUUGCUUUUAAGAUGGCUGGUAAAGACUGCCCAAUGCCAAACAUUUCUAACUCUCCUAUCCCCGCAACACUUCCAGAGCCCAUGACCACCAGUGAAGCAGCUGCUAAGAAGAGCAUGACGAAAGCUAGAAUAACUGAAUCCAUAGGACCAACAGAAACUUCAAUUGCACCGAGACAAAGACCAAAGGCCGCUUCCAACUCUGCAAACUCAAAUGUACUACCGAUCCAGAACUCUGUAACUCCUGUGAAAAUGACUGUUCCAUCUGGAAAUAUAAGCAACGGACUGAAAGUUGUGACUGGACCUGGCCAGUCAACACCACAAGCUCAAGGGUCUAUCCAGCCACACAGAGUGCUGCAACAGCUUCAGCAAGGAGACCUCCGCCUUCAGCAACUGCAACAGUUACAUCAGCAACAACAGCAGCAGCACCAACAGCAAAUCCACCAGGCUUACUUGCAACAGUAUCAACAAGCAGUUCAACAGUCCUUACAACUCCAGCAGCAACAUAUGCUUCAGCAGCAGAUGAUGAUGCAGCCCACAUAUCAACAGGCUCAGUAUGCAGCUAUGCUGCAGCAGUACCAACAAGCAUUUGCACAUCAGCAGCAAACACAGUUUCUCACCUCUCCACAGGAGUUCCAGACACCUUUAGGUUCAUUUGCUCCAACUGUGCCAACUCCUGUUGGGACAAUAGUUGAUCCAUCAGUCAAUAACACAAGAGCUAUCAUGGUGGACCCUGAAGGUGCAGUGGGUGCCCCAUUUCAGAAUAUCAGUAACCCACCAGACAUGUCGGGUUGGAACCCCUUCAGAGAAGACAAUUUCUCCAAGCUGACUGAAGAUGAGCUGCUGGACAGGGAGUUUGACCUCCUCCGAGCAAAGAAACCUGACGAAAGGGCAGCGUGUCUAGAUGCCAGUGUAGAGACUGGCCAGUCUUCACAGAAGCCUCUCCUGGAGGACCUCUUUGGCUCUGUACCCUUUGUUUCCAAUCCAGGUUCCAGUGUGAAGAAUCCUGAACACCCAGCUAAAGACUCAAGCACCUCAGUAAAAGCUGAAAGGCAGACACAGCACUCGAAAGAGCAUAAAGGAGGAAAAAGAAGUUGCCCAUCUGGGCAUCAGACACAUAAAGGUGGGGAAGAGACAGACAGUGACUUCGAGUCAGACCCCCCUUCUCCAAAGAGCAGUGAGGAAGAUGAGCAGGAGUAUGAGGAAGCACUGAACAGUGAGCACGGCGAGUUUAAUGAAGACAACGAUACAGAGCCCGAGAAUCUGGGACAGCGGCCCCUGCUAAUGGACUCUGAGGAGGAGGUGGAGGAAGAGGAAGAGAAGCACAGCUCAGACUCUGACUAUGAGCAACGGAAGGGAAAGUUUCAGGUUGUGGGUCCAGUGGCAGAGAAGCUUGGAGUCGAAGCAGUGUGUGUGAGCAGAGAGUCUGCAGCUACAUUCAUCACUCCCCCAAACUCUCCCAGUGUGGGGGCAACCGCAUUUUCACAGAGAGAGGUGGAUGUUUUUGGGGCAGUACCUUUCUUCGGAACUGGCCAGCAAAGAAGUGCAGCUGAAAAUGUGGACAUCUUUGCCCAGGCACCAUUCAGUUUGGUCACCCAAGAUCAGGGCAUGGAUGAGUUUGAUGUGUUCAGCAAAGCUCCGUUCAGUAGAAAUUUAUCUAAAACAGGCAAACCAGGAGAGGAUUCAAUGGCCCAGACUCCACCAGUUUCGCCAGACAGUGUGGAUAUAUUUGGCUCUACCCCUUUUCAGCCCAGCGAAAUAGGGCCAGUUUUAGGUAGCAAGGAGGACAUUUUUGGGCAGGUUCCCUUUGAAGUCUCUACUGCUCAGCAGCUGAAGAUGAAACAGCGGAGUCUUCAAAAACUGUCUUCGAGACAGAGGCGUACAAAGCAGGAAAAUGCAAGUGGCAAUGGGAAACGGCACCACGGCACUCCUACCAGUGUGAGGAAGACCUCAAAAUCGAACUUCCGCACCCCAGAGCGAGUCCGCAGGCACAAGAAGGGAGGCAGGAGGGAUUCACAGAGCAGCAAUGAGUUUCACAGCACAUCGGACUCUAAGGAGAACAUCAGUGUGACACUAAGCGACGGAAAAGACAAAGGGUCACCCAUGCCUACAGAAGAGACAAUGUUGGAUCCAUUUGGUGCAAAGCCAUUCCAUCCACAGGAAAUAGUAAGGCACCCCCAGCACCAAGGGCUGGGUGAUAACAGAAGUGAUCUCAACACAAACAGUGGGAGGCCUAGAACCAGUUCACUACACGGAGCAUUUCAUGGCGGAGAUGGGCUGAAAAUGGAUGACUUUGGAGCUGUACCCUUCACAGAAAUGGUAGUGCACAGUGUGAUGCAACAACCUCCACAGGUGGAACUAGAUCCCUUUGGAGCAGCGCCUUUCCCCUCCAAACAGUGAACUUGUAGUCUUCCAAUGCAGCAAGUCCAUGUCUGCAUUUUGCAAAGCCUACUAAUCCUUAUUGGAUGGAUCCUAUAGGACUGGAGCUUCGCAGUGUUGUAGUUCUUUGCAGCCAACUCAGUAACGUUGGUGGAGACAAGCAGCAAUAAAGUGUGGUUGAAAAAUUCUAUAUUUUAAUAUAUAACUGAAUUGUGAGGAAACCCUGUGGAAUAUAGAUAAGUAGACUCUAUAUGCAUUUUUAACUGUUGCGCAUAACCCAAGCUGACAAGCUUUUGUGCUGCAUCUUUUUGAAAGAGCAUUUGAUUACCAGGGCUGCAUUGUAUGUAUGAGCUUGCAUUUUAAAUGUAUAACUAGUUUCCUUUAGGUUAAAGGAAAUGUAUGCAUUGUUGAGUUUGACUGAAAUCUUUCUGUGAUAGUGAUUGGCUGCAAAGCUCUACUUGUGGAUAGAGGCUUCUAACUUGAUUUUUACCACACACAGCAAAGCCUUAUGGGCAGAAAGCAGCCCUGAUGCACAGUACCUCUGAGCCACUACACAAGGCUGUGUUUUUUUUUUUUUUUUUUAAUACAGACUUUUCUGGCAUGCCUUUAAAUUCCAUUUUGCUUCAUUAAUGAGAUUCUUAUUAAACUUCAUAAACUUAAACUUUUUUUUUAAAUAUAUGUAUUUUUUUAAUGCCCAUUACAUUUUGUUUUAAUGUAAGAGGCAUACAAUUGUAGUGACAACCAAAAAAGCUCACUUGCUUUUUUUUUUUCUUUAUCAGAUAAAAGGGACAAAAUUCUGUCGCCAAUAACUUUUUAUGAGUUUCUUUGAGAAGCUUGUAUUUGAAUGGAUUAUUAUUAUUAAUAUCUCAUAAGAUUAUAAAAUGUUUGUGUGCUGAAUACACAAUGGAUUUUCUUGGUUUUUGCUGUGAUCCCUUAGAACCACUUUUCAAUGGCUCUUAAUAUUCCUGAACUAAACAAUUUUGAACGUGUCAAAUUAUUUAGGCAAUACCUUUUUAUUAUUGUUAGUACUGAAGGAUAAACAUACUACCAACCACAUUAAGAUAUCCAGUAUAAAAUUAAAUAAUAAAUUACAAUUGAAAUUAGUGGUAACUGUUUAAAAAGGGAAUCUAAGUAUUGAACAAUUGUAUACACUUUUAGAAUAAGAAAUGAGAUGUAGUCUUUUUUGUUUUUGUUUUUAACUGCUAUUAUGCAAAGCAAGGCACUUCAAAGUACAGUACACUUCUGUCAGUUUUUCAUACUUGAAGGUAACCUAAUUACAUUGUUUUACACCUUAAUUAACCGAACUGAGAUUUGCAUUAAAGGAAAAUCUUAGUAUUUAAUCAUUAAAUG